CCUAGUGUUUACCUCCGCUCUGGCUCUGACAGCAGCUCUGCUCACUGGCUCUGCGGGUGUCCCGCUGGAGCCCAGCCUUGACCCAGCAGUGCCGCGUGCGCUGGAGCAUCACCGUGCACCGGGACAAACCCAGCGCAGCCAGCGGUCAGACGCCGGAGGCUGGAGGAGGGUGUUUAUGUUUUGGGUGGUCUGCUCGGACACUUCCUCGCUCUUCAGCUGAGGUGAGCGCGCCUGUCAACUUCUGUACACGGAGAUGCUUGUCAUGCACUGCAGCGCUGAAGCGGUGCCGUCACCGAGAGAUUGAGCGUCUGCUUAACACAUGAUGUUCAAGGACUACAGAUCUGCUCGAGCUGUAGGUCUGAAUCCGCUGUCCUUUGACCCUGCCACAAACAACGAACCCCUGCAAUUCAACAGCUCCAAUGGUCCUCUGGGCUCCGACUGUCCUCUGGAAAACGGAACAGAAAACAGCAAAAAGAGGAAGAGACCCAACCUUCCUCCAGAGGGGCUCAGGAAUAUUGCCAUGGACUCCAACUCUUUAGCCAUGCCCAUGUCGGACCCUAAUGCUUGGGCGACUGCCAUGAACAACCUCGGGAUGGCCCCCAUGAGCAUGACUGGACAACCUAUCAUGUCAGAUUUUGACCCCAGCCUCGGCAUGAUGACUGGAAUUGCUCCAAUGAACCCCAUGAUGCCCGGCCUUGGGAUUGUGCCCCCGCCGGUUUCGCAAGACAUGCCCAUCGUGAAGGAAAUCAUCCACUGCAAGAGCUGCACGCUUUUUCCGCCCAACCCCAACCUGCCUCCCCCUGCCACCAGAGAGAGACCGCCCGGCUGUAAGACGGUGUUUGUGGGCGGUUUGCCAGAGAACGCCACAGAGCAGCUCAUUGUGGAGGUGUUCGAACAGUGCGGGAGUAUCAUCGCCAUCCGCAAGAGCAAGAAGAACUUCUGUCACAUCCGCUUCGCUGAGGAGCACACGGUGGACAAGGCCCUCUUCCUGUCAGGUUACAGGGUCAGGCUGGGAUCAAGCACAGAUAAGAAGGACACAGGCCGGCUGCAUGUAGAUUUCGCUCAGGCUCGAGAUGACCUGUACGAGUGGGAGUGCAGACAGCGCAUGCUGGCCCGGGAAGAGAGGCACCGGCGCAGGAUAGAAGAGGACCGCCUGCGGCCCCCCUCACCGCCCCCCAUCGUCCAUUUCUCUGAGCACGAGUGCAGCCAGCUGGGAGAAAAGCUCAAAGACGACUCCAAGUUUGCCGAGGCCGUGCGUGUCCUGCUGACCUGGGUGGACCGAGGGGAGGUCAACCGCAGAAACGCCAACAACUUCUAUUCAAUGAUCCAGUCCUCCAACAGCCACAUUCGCCGGCUGAUGAACGAGAAGGCCGCCCAUGAGAAGGAGAUGGAGGAGGCCAAGGAGAAGUUUAAGAACGCUCUUGCUGGGAUUUUAGUACAAUUUGAGCAGAUUGUGUCUGUAUUCCACGCUGCUUCCAAACAAAAGGCAUGGGACCAUUUCUCCAAAGCCCAACGCAAGAACCUGGACAUGUGGCGAAAGCAAGCAGAGGAGAUCAGAAACAUCCACAAUGAAGAGCUGAUGGGUAUUCGGAGGGAGGAGGAAAUGGAGAUGUCGGAUGAUGAUAUGGAGGAUGCCCUGGACAGCAAGGAUUCGGAUGAUUCAGGGCCGCUGGCUCAGGUGGAGGCUCUGAAAGAAGAGAACGACAGUCUGCGGUGUCAGUUGGAUGCCUACAGGAAUGAGGUGGAGCUUCUGAAACAGGAGCAGGGUAAAGCGCAGCCCCAGCGAAGCGAGGAGGACACCACCCGCCAGCAGCAGCUCAGCUUCCUGCAGCAGGCUCUGCAAGGCAUGCAGAAGCAACUGCUCAAGCUUCGCGAGGAUCUGAAACAGAGAGAGACGGAGCUGGAGAAGAACUCGGAGGAAAAACAACAGCUCGAAAGCCAGAUCCAGAGUCUGAAAGAUCGGAUUCAAGCUUUCCCCACAUCACACGCUCUGCCCCUGGAGAAGGCCGAGCGGGAGGACAGAGGAGGCGAUGAAAGCACCAAUCACGCCAGCGAGGCAGCGACGGCCGUGGUGUCCUGCAGCCAGGAGAAGGAGAGCCUGCCGGAGAAAGGGCCACCCAGCCCGGUGAAAUCAGAACGAGAGGCUCUGCUUGUGGGAAUCAUCUCAACGUUUCUUCACGUCCAUCCUUUUGGAGCUAGCAUUGAAUAUAUCUGCUCCUAUUUACAGCGGCUGGACACCAAGAUCAGCACCACAGAGGUGGAGACUCUUCUGGGUCGGCUGCCCUGCACGUUCAAGCAGGAGUUGACGGGUGUCGGGGCGAGUUUGGAGAAGCGCUGGAAGUUCUGUGGGUUUGAGGGCAUUAAGACGGCGUAGAGACACAGGUUUGGGUUCCUGCUAGAAAAACAAAAACGGGUGAUGGACCGGAGGGGUCUAAACCAAUCACCUGCCAGCUCUCCGCGUCCAUCCGGCCAGCCCAUGGGAUUCCAUUGUGGAAAUCUCAGAAAGCACAAGACCUGGAGGUGUGUGUGUAGUAUGUUUUAAUACACGUGCAGCACAUGAACGGACCGUGCACUUGUACCACACAACGGAAAACUCAUCGGGUAAAAAUCAGGGUUUGCUGAACCGAGGACUUGAACUGUCAACAUACAUUUUCUUGUUUCACCUCUGAUUUGUAAAAAAAAAAAAAAAAAAGAAAAAAAAAAACAAAUUACACGAAUAUAUUUCUUUUCUCUUCUGUAUAGGCGGCAGAAAACAGUUGCAUAGAAUCUUUUGUUCACAUAUCCUGUAAAUGUUUGAAUAACUUGCUAUUUUUAAAUAAAAAAAGAUCAACGAAA